AUGCUGGUUAGGAUUUUCUCACUGGCGAAAAUUCACGGAGAAGUUAGGCAUGUGCUUCUUGAUGUGAUGGUUUUUGACAAGGGAUUGCUUUCUGAUGUUGUGAGAUUUUCUAGUGGUUCGAUUACGCCAUUGCAAACCUAUGGCGGUCUGAUAAAAGCUCUCGUGGACAAUUCAAUGAUUGAGGAUGCGCUGGAAUUUUGUUUGGAGGCUAUGGGAAUUAGGCUGGAAAUUGGUGUCCCUCUGUGCAAUUCUUUGCUCAAGUGUUUCAUCGAGAGGAAUAAUGUUAGGGUUGUCAGGAGUUUGUUUGAGUAUAUGAAGGUGUUGGGACCAUCACCAAACAUUUACAAUUAUACUACUAUGAUGGAGUUGUACACUAAAGGCAAUACAUUGGAUGUAGGUGAAGCUAACAAGAUUCUUGUAGAGAUGGAAAAUCACGGUGUCAGGCCUAAUGCAGUAACAUAUAACAUGUACAUUCAAGGGCUUUGUAAGAUAGGGAAGGCUGAGAAUGUUUGGGAAUUUCUUAAGGAUUUGCAGCAUAAAGGACUUGAGUAUGAUAACUACUGUUGUAAUGCUGUCAUUCUUAGUUUCUGCUGUAAAGGGGAGUCGAACAAAGCACUUACAGUAUUGGAUGAGAUGAAGAAGUGUGGCUUAUCACCUGAUAAUCAUAGCUAUAACAUCUUGGUGGAUGGGUUUUGUAAGGAGGGCAAUGUUUCUGAAGCUUGGAAUCUCUUUGAGGAAAUGCAUAGAAGAGAAUUAAUGCCUAACGUGAUCACGUAUACCUCUCUAUUGCAUAGAUUAUGUUCCACAAGAGAAAUGGAAACUGCAAGUAAGUUGUUUCAUGAGUUGAGAGAUAAGGGCUACAGGAGAGAUCUUAUGGCCUAUAUCAUUCUCAUUGAUGGAUGUUGUCAGCAUGGUGAUCUGGAUGGUGCAUGUGAGCUAUGGCACGAAAUGAUCAAAGACAAGUUUACUCCAGACAUUUUCUAUCAUACCAGUCUAAUUUACAACUAUUGCCAAAAGCAAAAAUUGUAGGAAGCUACGGAUCAGUUUGAAAUCAUGCUUAAUGAUGGUGUGGUGCGCAAUGUUGUUACUUGCACCAUUAUUGUUGAUGGGUUCUGCAAGGAAGGACGUAUUAUAGAAGCUUUUAUGUUCUUAAAUGAAAUGGAGGAGGUGGGUAUCAAUCCUAAUAUAUUUACUUACACUACAACCAUUGAUGCACUAUACAAAAUUGGAAGUUCUUGUGUUGCAUCUGUUGGAGAUGCUCUGAUAGCUCUUAUUCCUGAUGUAGUUCUAUAUACCACCCUAAUCAAUGGUUUAGUCAAAACAUUGGACUUGGAGAAAGCUCUUAUGAUCUAUGAAAUGAUUUCUCAAGGGGCUAUAGAUCUGAACAUUUUUACUUAUGCAAGUCUCAUCAAUGGGUUAUGCAGUGCUGAAAUAUGCAAGGAUAUGAAGAAAGCUCUGGAAUUUGUCAAUUCAAUGGAGACAGAUGAGUUUGAACCUGACAGCAUUAUGUACAGUUCAAUAAUUGCAAGUUCUUGUAGGUCCAACAAUAUAGAGAUUGUUGUAGAACUGUUCUAUAAAUUGGAGAGACAGAAAUUCAGACUUGACAGAAGUAUGUAUACUUCAAUAAUUGCUGCUUAUUGUAGGUGCAAUGAUAUUAAGAAGGCUGUACGAUUGUUCAAUAGAAUGGUGGAAAGUGGUUUACUACCAGAUGUGUAUAUGUAUACUUGUUUAAUAGAGAGAUGUAGCAAGUUGUCAGUGAUGAGCAUUGUAGAGUUGCUGCUGGCUAAAAUGAUUAUAGUAGGAUUCACUCCUGAGGCAAUAAAUUAUACAACUCUUAUACACGGAUAUCGUAAGAUGGGUGACUCUAAGAAGGCCUUUGAGUUGCAUAAAUCUAUAACUUUCCAAGAAUCUAUUGUGACGCCCCUGGUUUUAGACAAGACUGUAGUCCAAGGAUUACCUGGUGUUCUUUGGGUGUUACCUGAUUCUUAUCUGGAUGUUCCUAACAAGGAUCACAGAGGUUUAUUAUGGAACAGAUUUUUUUUUCCUCGAUUAAGCGUCUCCAUGAUUCGGCCUCAAUUGGGAUUUUCGCGCCGGAACCUCAUUCGAAGAGUUCACAAGUACUCCUCUGCUGCUCUUUCGACAAUUCGAGAUGACCCGUUGGUCGAUUCCGUAGAGAGAACUAGCAAAACUUCACAGGUUAACCAGUUCAGCUUUUGCACUGUGAGAAGCCCGACCCUUUUCCCUUACAUUGCUGUCUCUGUGAAAACUUUGAAUCAUGAUAUUUUCUGUGAGAUGAAAUUUGCAAAUGUGGUGGAUAUAUAUGGCAUUUCUCAUGCAUUAGAGUCAUUCUCAAUGCUGGUUGGGAUUUUCUCGCUGGUGAAAAUGCGUAGAGAAGUCAGGCAUUUGCUUCUUGAUGUGAUGGUUUUUGACAAGGGAUUGCUUUCUGAAGUUGUGAGAUUUUCUAGUGGUUCAAUUACGCCGUUGCAAGCCUAUGGAAAUCUGAUAAAAGCUCUCGUGGACAAUUCAAUGAUUGAGGAUGCGCUAGAAUUUUGUUUGGAGGCUAUGGAAAUUGGGCUUGAAAUGGGCGUCCCUCUGUGCAAUUCUUUGCUCAAGUGUUUCGUCGAGAGGAAUAAUGUUGGGGUUGUCAGGAGUUUGUUUGAGUAUAUGAAGGUGCUGGGGCCAUCACCAAACAUUUACACUUAUAUUACUAUGAUGGACUUGUACACUAAAGGCAAUACACUGGAUGUAGAUGAAGCUAACAAGAUUCUUGUAGAGAUGGAAAAUCAUGGUGUCAGGCCUAAUGCAGUAACAUAUAGCAUGUACCUUCGAGGGCUUUGUAAGAUAGGGAAGGUUGAGAGUGCUUGGGAAUUUCUUAAGGACUUUCAGCAUAGAGGACUUGAGUAUGAUAACUAUUGUUGUAAUGCUGUCAUUCUUGGUUUUUGCCGUAAAGGGGAGUUGAACAAAGCAUUUACAGUAUUGGAUGAGAUGAAGAAGUGUGGCUUAUCACCUGAUGUUCAUAGCUAUAGCAUCUUGGUCGAUGGGUUUUGUAAGGAGGGCAAUGUUUCUGAAGUUUGGAAUCUCUUUGAGGAAAUGCAUAGAAGAGAAUUAAUGCCUAAUGUGAUCACGUACCUAGGAGAAAUGGAAAUUGCAAUAAAGUUGUUUCGUGAGUUCAGAGAUAAGGGCUAUGGGAGAGAUCUUAUGGCCUAUAGCAUUCUCAUUGACGGAUGUUGUCAGCAUGGUGAUAUGGAUGGUGCACGUGAGCUAUGGCAUGAAAUGAUCCAAGACAAGUUCACUCCAGAUGUUUUCUGCCAUACCAGUCUAAUUUACAGCUAUUGCCAAAACCAAAAAUUGCAGGAAGCUACAGAUCAGUUUGAAAUCAUGCUUAAUGAUGGUGUGGCGCUCAAUAUUGUUACUUGCACCAUUAUUAUUGAUGGGUUAUGCAAGGAAGGGUGUUUUAUAGAAGCUUUUCGGUUCUUAAAUGAAAUGGGGGAGCUGGGUAUCAAUCCCAAUAUAUUUACUUACACUACAAUCAUUGAUGCGCUAUACAAAAUUGGAAGUUCUUGUGGUGCAUGGGAGAUUUUUGGAGUUAUGAUAAAACGAGCUCUUGUUCCUGAUGUAGUUCUAUAUACCAUCCUGAUCAAUGGUUUAGUCAAAACACUGGACUUGGAGAAAGCUCUUAUGAUCUAUGAAAUGAUGUCUCAAAGGGGUAUAAAUCCAAACAUUUUUACUUAUACAAGUCUCAUCAAUGGGCUAUGCAGCGCUAGAAUGCUUCCUACAGCUUUGGGCUUAUUUGAGGAAAUGAAAUGGAAGGGAUUCAAGCCUGACAGGGUUCUUUAUUCUACGAUGAUUUCAUGUUGCUGCAGAUGCGAGGAUAUGAAGAAAGCUCUGGAAUUUGUCAAUUCAAUGGAGACAGAUGGGUUUGAACCUGAUGGCAUUGUGUACAGUUCGAUAAUUGCAGGUUAUUGCAGGUCCAACAAUAAGGAGAUUGCUUUGGAACUGUUCUAUAAAUUGGAGAGACAUAAAUUCAGACUUGACAGAAGUAUGCAUACUUCAAUAAUUGCUGCUUAUUGUAGGUGCAAUGAUAUUAAGAAGGCUGUACGAUUGUUCAAUAGAAUGGUGGAAAGUGGUUUAGUACCAGAUGUGUAUUUGUAUACUUGUUUAAUAGAGAGAUGUAGCAAGUUGUCAGUGAUGAGCGUCGCAGAGUUGCUGCUGGCUAAAAUGAUUAUAGUAGGAUUCACUCCUAAGGCAAUAAAUUAUACAACUCUUAUACAUGGAUAUCGUAAGAUGGGUUACUCUGAGAAGGCCUUUGAGUUGCAUAAAUCUAUGCUGACGCAGCUUCCCGAAUCUUUACAUCAGUAGGCUGGAAAAUACCAACAAUUAAAUCACCUCAGCAUAUAUGUCUGGAAUCAGAUGGUACUAAUUUGCACUCAAAUCCAACUGGUUCAUUACGUUCUUGCAGCUAUAAGUGAGAGGGAAACUAAGGGUACGAGGCAGUUUUUGGAGAAGAAAGAGGGUAGUCUUCGACGAAAGAUGAUGAGAAAGAGAGGAAACAGCCAUUCAGUUCAAUAGGUGCAGAACCAUGUGGUAAUCCGAGGCGACAAUUGAAACGAUCCUUCCUUAGGUGGUCUCUUUUACCCAUCCAUAGCUCAACUUAUUCCUUGAAUUUCAGUUUCAGUUGAUGCAGAUUGCCGUGCAUCAUGAAUUUUGUACCGUUCAUGGAUGUUUCACUGAAUCUUUAAUCAAUGUUCUACAUGCACCUUAUUGAAAAAGCAUCUCAAGCAUGAAAAUGUGAAAUUGUAAAAACAAUGGAGAUCAAGUCAGAGUUUUAUAGUUGGACCACCUGCCAUUCGUCAGUCAGUUCUUUGGUCGUAAUACCCAAGGACGUGUUAUGAUUCAUUGAGAUUGGUACCUAACACUGCAACGGUUGUCUAAGCAUAUCCUAAAAUCUACGCAGAUCAAAGAUCGAGCGGCUUGCUAGCUGGUAAGUUGAUUCUAUGGUGGACCAGCAAGGAGGCUUUGUUCCGUUCUGUUGGUGUUGGUCCCAUAUGUAUGAAUAAGCUUUCAUAGCUAUUGUCCUGAUGGAGCUAUCAUUUGGAUAUUUCCUGCAUGAACCUUGGAAUUCAUAUUUAUAUCAUCCUCGAUGAGUUUUACAGAUUCAUAGCUCCAGUUAGCGGACCACCUCGCCCAUCCUUCAGAUUCAUAGCUCCAGUUGAUGGACCACCUCGCCCAUCCUUCAACAUCUAAUGAAUUUGAAAGCUCGAGCUUGAGUUACUACCCAGUGAUUUUGAAAUUGCUUUUGAUUGAGCAUCAGUUUACGUUUACAACGUGAUAUUUUUCUUGUAAACAAUUAGAGACUGAAAGAAUUUCUGAUGUUUAUUGUGCACCAGUAUUAUUCCAAUUUACACGAGGAAAGUUAAUGUUAUAGCAUACAAGAAUCUUUGGACUGAUUUGUUCAA